AUGGUGAAAGGUCAGCGGUCCGCGGACCUCGUCACGCGCGACUACACCGUCAACCUCCACAAGCGCCUCCACGGCAUCACCUUCAAGAAGAAGGCGCCCCGCGCCGUCCGCGAGAUCAAGAAGUUCGCGCAGUCCAUGAUGAAGACGUCCGACGUCCGCGUCGACGCGAAGCUGAACAAAUUCCUGUGGUCGAAGGGCAUCCGCAACGUGCCCACGCGCGUCCGCGUGCGCCUCUCGCGAAAGCGCAACGAGGACGAGGAGGCGUCGGAGAAGCUCUACACGCUCGUCCAGCACGUCGAGGUCACCUCCGUCAAGGGCCUCAACACCGAGGUCGUCUCCGACGUGUAG